AUGGUCGAGCCGGUCCUGCGCACCAUGGCCCUCAUCCUGGGCGCCCAGGUCGCCGCCCUCGCCGCCCUGGAGCGCGCGACGCCGCGCACGGGGCGCGGCAUCUGGCUCGCGCCGCGGACGAACGCGCCGAAGCGGGCCACCGAACUCUGGUUCCUGCGCUACGCCGCGGUCUGGAUCGGCGCGUUCGCCCUCAUCAUCGGCCUCGGGCUCUACGAGCGGUUCACGGCGUGGACGUACCUCGGGGUCUGCGGCGGCCUCGCGCUGCCGCUGGCGCUCCAGCCCUUCUUAUACCCGGGGCUGACGCGCGAGGCCGACCGGCCGCUCGCGCAGCGCUACGCGCUCAAGGCGAACGUCUGGCUCGCGAUCUUCGGCUGGGUGGGCAACUACUGGUACACGCACUACUUCUACAGCGUCCUGGGCGCGGCCUACACCAUGCCGGCGCACCGCGUCAACGGCGUGCCGUGGUGCAUGUUCUUCGCGACGCACUUCUACUUCUGCUUCUACCACGUCCUCUCGAACUGCGCGCUGCGGUUCAUCGCGACGGGCUACGCCCCGGGGCCGCGGCGCGCGGCCCUCCGGGCCGCGGCGGUGCUCGCGAUGGCCUACUUCACGGCCUUCGCCGAGACGCUGACCAUCUCGGGCUUCCCCUACUACACCUUCGCGGACCGGGGCCGGGCCUACACCGUCGGCUCGGCCUUCUACGGCCUCUACUUCGUCGUGUCGUUCCCCGCGUUCCUCCUGGUGGACGAGGCCCCCGCGGGCGCGGUGGGGGCGCAGACGCACUCCCUCGCGCGCGCGGCCGUCGAGGCGCUCGCCGCGGCCAUGGCCGUCCUCCAGCUCCUGGACUUCGUCCGGCUCGCGCUCGGCAUCCCGCUCGUGAUCCGGAGCGCGCCCGGCUAG